AUGCAUGAAAGGGAACUUGAUGAGAGGGAUGAAAUUGAUGACUAUGAGCUUAUGAGAAGAGAUGAGGAAGAAGGAUUAGGGAAAAUUUCAGUUAACCAAGAGGAUGGACCAUGGAUACGCAAAUGGCGAACCGUAAAGCCUUGGAUAUCGUAA